AAACGUGGGCUGUCUUACAAUCAGGCUAAUUUUACCAUGCCCUUUUCUCUCAGUGGGCAAGAUAGUCAGGUCUCUUGGGCCUACGACUGGUUCUAUGCACCAUGCAGCGCUGCUGGUGUACAGAGCUGUGGCUUUAACCCAGCACUUGAGUUCGUUCCUCUGCUCUACAACGACGAUCCGAAUCUUUUAUCUCAAUGGCCUGCCGCAGCUCAGCUUGCGAUUGACAACGGUUCUACUGCACUCUUCUCGUUCAAUGAACCCGACUUCUGCCAGUCUGGCAGUGCUUGCAUGAAUGUGUCUACGGCAGUCUACUACCAUCAACGAUACAUGCAGCCUUUUGCCGGUAAAGCCCUGAUUGGCGCCCCUGCCGUCACCAACUCUGGUGGCACUCCCACGAACCCUAUGGGCUUACUAUAUCUCCAAUACUUCCUGGGCAAUUGCACAGGCUGUACCAUCGACUUUAUCAACCUCCACUGGUAUAGCAACAAGUACGCUGGUGCUUCCUACCUUGAAUAUUACGUCAAUUCUGCCCGUGCUGUUGCUGGCGGACGACCUAUCUGGAUUACUGAGUUUGGCCUGGAUAGUACUUUCAGCUAUACUGAUGCCGAGCUACAGGCUUUCUUGCAACAGGCCAUGCCAUGGUUGGAUCAGCAGCCCGAUGUGGCUAGAUAUGCUUACUUUAUGGAUGCGCCUGGAAUUUUGAUCGACAGUGCUGGCGAUGGCAUCAGUGGGACGGGU